GAAAUUAACUCUUACCAUGUCUUGUCUUUCUUUGAAAAUAAACAAGCAGAGGAGUGAAUGCUGAUAUCUCUCCUUCGUGCCUACAUCAACCGCCAAACCCUAGUCACUCUCUACAAUUUCCUUUCUCGAAUACUCAACAAAAUGAAUUCCAAUGCCCCCCCACAAGACCAAGAAUCCCCCACCACUGAUCACCCUCCUCAAUUCGACCCAUCACAACCCUCCAUUCCAAUCUCAUACCCAAUCAAAACCCUUGAAGAGCUUGAAACUCGUUCUUAUUUUGAAUCUUUUCAUUGCCCAUUUAACAAAUCUUCUGUUCCUUUAAAACCCAAGUCUCUGCCAAAUAGGCCCAGGCUUCUUGUUUGCCAUGAUAUGCAAGGAGGUUAUGUGGAUGACAAGUGGGUUCAAGGAGGCACUAAUCCUGAUGCUUAUGCUAUUCGGCAUUGGUACUUGAUUGAUGUUUUCGUUUACUUCUCUCAUAGUUUGGUUACUCUGCCUCCUCCUUGCUGGACUAAUACUGCUCACAGACAUGGUGUCAAGGUGUUGGGCACUUUUAUAACAGAAUGGGAUGAAGGAAGACUUAUUUGCAAUAAAUUGCUUGCAACAAAGGAGUCUGCUCAAAUGUAUGCUGAGCGAUUGGCAGAGCUUGCCAUUGAUUUGGGCUUUGAUGGAUGGCUGAUUAAUAUUGAGGUUAAUUUGCUUGAGGAGCAAAUUUCUAAUCUUGAAGAAUUUGUGAGCCAUCUGACCCAUACAAUGCAUUCCUCAAUGCCUGAAUCUUUGGUAAUAUGGUAUGACAGUGUCAUAACCACCGGACAUCUUAGAUGGCAAGAUCAACUGAAUGAAAAGAACAAACUUUUCUUUGACAUAUGUGAUGGCAUAUUUGUAAACUACACAUGGAAGAGUAACUAUCCAGAUCUUUCAGCUGCUGUGGCUGGAGAUAGAAAGUUUGAUGUCUACAUGGGAAUAGAUGUAUUUGGAAGAAAAACUUUUGGUGGUGGACAAUGGAAUACAAAUGUCGCACUUGAUGUACUAAAGAAGGCUAACGUGUCAGCUGCCAUAUUUGCUCCUGGAUGGUUAUAUGAGACAAAGCAACCACCUGAUUUUCAGACUGCUCAAAAUCGUUGGUGGGAACUUGUUGCUAAAUCUUGGGGAAGAGUAAACAAUUAUCCUAAAUUACUACCCUUUUACUCAAAUUUUGAUCAGGGUCAAGGCUAUCAUAUUUCUGUCGAGGGAAACCAACUAACAGAUGCUCCUUGGAACAACAUGUCUUGCCAAGGCUUUCAGCCUCGUCUUGAGUUUAUUGAUGGACCAACUCCAGAUGCUAUUCAAUUCAUUGUUGACUUCAAGGAGGAAUCUUAUAAUGGGGGAGGAAACAUCACAUUUAAAGGGACUCUCGAAGAGAAUGUUCCUUUCACAAUAAGGCUUUUUCAAGGAGAGCUUCUUUUGGACAACCUGCAUCUCGUCCUUACAUAUUCUGUGAAAUCAAAGGGGGAUUCGCUGCUGGGCCUCUCUCUUCAGUUUUCAUCUGUAUUGAGUGAGAAGAUAAUGGUACUUGUUGCACCAUCAGAAAUGAAUGGGUUGUCGCACAAAUUCAGUAAAAUGAUUAUGCCAAGUCAAGUUAGCAAAAUGGCUUCAAAAUGGAUCAUAAAUGAGGGUACUGUUGCAAUGGAUGGGUUCAUGUUAACAGAAAUCCAUGCUGUGUGCUACAGGACGAAGUCUACACCUGGUGAAUUGCGAUCUGAAUUCAGAGCAGAUAACCAAGAUAGUGCUCCAGCUCCCAGUCUCGCAGAGUAUUUUGCAGUGCUUGGUCACAUCACGAUUAAAAAUUUCUCGGGGAACUUAUUUUUUCCUCCCUCAACUUCAUGGCUAACCGAGAGUCAAUAUAUUAAAUAUAGCUCAAUUUCGCAGGGAUUCAAAACUGUCAGUUUGAAAAUCAUUUGGAAACUGAAAGAUGGAAAUGAUUUUCUGUUCCCAAAGUACAAUAUCUAUGUAGAGAAACUAACAAAACAAGUUGAUGGAAAUGCAACUGGAACAUUAGUAAACGCUAGGGUGUACCUUGGGGCGGCACACGUUCAAGCGUUUUAUAUGUCCGACCUUCCCAUUCCCUCACAUAUCGGUAGUCUCAGAUUCAUUAUCCAAGCGUGUGCUGCUGAUGGGACCUGCCAGGAGCUGGACGAAUCUCCGUAUAUGCUACUGGAUGUUGAAGGUCAGUAAGCUAAUUGCUACGAUUUCCUUUUCCAUUUGCAUUAGUAUUAUUCCUUGAGGAAUCGCAAAUGGCAUUGCUUAUAUCUGGCGAGUGCUGUAUCAUUUCAACACACAGGUUAAGACAAGAAUUAUUUAUAAUAAAUUCCUCCUCUGCAA